CCAAUCUUAAUAAUUGCUAAAUUUCUUCUUUGUAUUUGUCCAGCUUCGAAUCAACAAACGCACGCCUAAAUAUGCUUUUUCCGAUUUCAUUGGCACCUGUAUUUUAGCAAUAUUCGAUUCCAAAUUCGGAGCAUCAUCUUCUUUUCUUGUUUUUUUCCUCCAAGAUCUUUAGGCAUUUUGAUUGAAUAAACUCGUCAAGAUUUUGUAAUCAGCAAAUAUAAUUUGGAAUCAAGUGAGGUUAAAAGUAGACGACAUACAUGGCGACCCAUUUCGAUCGGUGGGAGAAAGAUCCUUUCUUUUCUGCAGCCGAAGAGGUCCAGGAAUCUGCAGACAGGAUGGAAUCAGUUUAUAGAACAUGGAUUCAAUUGGCUAAGGAUAAAUCUAAAGUUUGGAAUUCCGAAGAGCUGUGCCGAGAUCUAAAGACUGCUCUUGGCACUACCAAAUGGCAGUUGGAGGAGUUUGAACGGGCGGUUAAAUCAAGCUACCCUAACGGCUCAGCUGAUGAUGCAGAACAUAGGCAUAGCGAGUUUGUUGUGGCGAUAGACUGUCAGAUCAAGAAAGUUGAGAGAAGUUUGAAUGAAUCGGCCAUCUCUCAAGGGAAGCCACCAUCGCCGUGGGUGCGUUUGGAUGAGGGGGAGCGCGAUGAACUGGCAUUGUUCUUGUCAGUGAAUCGUAAGGAGCAGCAAAAAGAGAAAGGGGGUUUAGGAGAUACUAAUGAAGAGAAGCUUGUGGGCCAUAGGAGAACUGCAAGCGCCAGUGCGGAUAUUGGUUCCUGGAAUAUUGCAGUUUCUAACGAUGUCUUGGACAACACACAACCAGGACCGCCCCCGCGGAAGGUUCCCAGUUUAUCUGGAUUCUUGAAUACCAUGGAAUCUGCAGCUAAGUUGAAGUUUGCAAAGAAUGGGUACCGAAAAUUGAAGGUCACGGAUUGCCACCACGAAGUUGAUGCUUCUUUACCACAUACUCAGGAGUUGUCUAGGGGCAUCAAUCCAUGUUAUGAAAGGAGCAAGAGUUGUCUAGAUGGAUGUGAAAAGUGCUACGACAAGCAACUCCAUAGUUGGUACGGAGCUGCUCAGCGACAGAUUCAGAGGUCUCAGUAUUAUGUGCAAUAUAGUCGUUCUGUCCGGGUGGGUUUCACCGUCAUUCUUCUCUGCUUGAUUGUCUUUUUAGCAUUGCAUAUGUGAAGAGGAUCAGUAAAUCUACUAUUGAAUCUGGAGGAGGGAGGAAGGGAGCUUGCAGAGUAUGGGAUUCGGCGAUGCUCCCUAUACAAUUGCUGUUAGUGAAGUGCUUUAACUGUUUCUGGUUUAUAGUUUUCUGGGUUUCUUCUCCAUCAUUGUUGCUUGUACACUGUAAUAUAAUAUAAUGAAUGAAUCUUAUGGAUGAUGACACAGGUGACCAUUGCAUCCCACACUAUGAAAGAAUCACUUUGUUACCCGAAAAAAUGUUGUAAAUAGAUCAAUUAUUCCUUU